AUGCCUCAUCCUACAUCAAUUCAUGCUGAAUUAGAUUUGUGGGAAACAUUUUGGAACAAUCAAUCUGUGAUCCCAUCCACUAUUACAGAAACUUUAAAAUCUAUUUAUAUGAGGAGUUUCCCAAACAUUAGGGAAGGUUUUUUAAUAAUGGGAACAAUUCCAAUUACUACAUGUGAACGCGAGAGGAGCAUUUCUGUUAUACGCAGACUGAAAACUUUUAUGCGAAGCCGCAUGACAGAGUCAAAAUUUAAUUCUUUAGCUCUGAUGUCUAUUCAUCAAGAAAUAAUUCCUGAUGUAGAAAGAGUUUUGAAUAUUUGUUCUGUUUUAUGGGGAACGACGCUUAGAGUUGGUUUUUACCUAAUAUUAAUUUAUUAA